GACCUCGAAGCACUAUCACUGUUCUGGCUUGAGUUGUAUCGGAAUACCGGUGUACCGUCAGAUCCGGGGAAGACAAUCAAACGAGUCCAUUAUUCGGUUAGGGUUUCAGAAGAAUAGAAAUUAUUGCAAGAAAGGGGGUAAAAAACAGUAUCCGAACCGCCGUCUCUACCUCGCUCCUCAAACCGAGAACCAAAACAACAAAACACUUCCGGCAGCGGCAGUGAUGCUAUGCUAAUUGUCAUUCUCAUCGGAACAGUUCAGCUUGGUCGGUUCGUUAGAGGACUUCUGUGGUCGUCGGAGGAAAGAGCGGCGAGCGAGCAGCAGAGUAGCAGAUCUCCGGUUCAGGUGGUACGUCGCGUUGGAAGUGCUAUUCGAUCUGUGCUUGGUGGAAUGGACGGCGUCGUCGGCAAGAUGGGAGGAAGUGUCAGUUCCAGCGCUAGUGGAACUUCCGGCACAAAGACAAUCAUAUUCAACAAGGACAAAAAGCAGCAAUGCAUUGAGGUCGGAGGCCAGGAUGCUACCAUCGUUGGAGGAACCGGAAAACAUGAUCACGGAAGUUCGCGGGUUAAACUGGUUAACAUUGUAGACUAUAAGUGGGAACAGAAACAUUACCCCGGAAGGCUGAUAGCGUGUCACAAUGAGGGAAAGCUGAUUGCCUAUGCCAUUAAAGUGCCCAGUCGAGCUGUUCCGGAAGGAAUGGUCCGCAUCUUGCACCUGGUAAUUGGUCAACGGGCCCUGAUCAAGGGCAUGAAGAGUGAAGUGCUCGAUCUGCAGUUUGCCCACAUCUCGUCCAAGGUUCUGCUUGGCAUUAUCGAUAAGGUGUCCCUGCAAGUUCACAAGGUGGACGUCGUGAGCGAAAAAGUGGUCUGUACACUUUUGCUGAAGAUAAACGAUCCCAUCGAAAGUCACAUUCCAGUGUGCGAUAAGAUUAGUUGGUGUCCCUACCUGUCCGGAAGUGGAUUUGUGGACGAUUAUGCCAGUCAACUGUUGGUGUGGACCCGAGGAGGUAACUUGCAGUGCUACAGCGUCAGUACGGUGAUCCGCAACUAUGGAACGGGAGAAUUGGCCGGGAGUGAUAUCUCCGAUGGAGGGUUCAAAUUCCGGGAAACCCUUCCGUUGAUAACCGGUGCGAUAUUUUCGGCUGAUGGAACGACACUGGCCGUCAGCUGUGACGAUGGAGUCAUUCGGUUCUAUCAAGUUUAUCAGCACACCAACGACAACAAUCCGAGAUGUUUGCACCAGUGGAAGCCGCACGGAGGAAAAUCCAUCAGCAGUUUCUUCUUUUUGGAUAAUUACACCGAGGAAAGCGGAGACCAAACCCUUUGGAAACAUGCCAUCACCUGUGCGGAGAACAACACCGAAAUCAAGGUGUGGUCGUGCGAAACCUGGGAGUGCACCCAGACGAUAAAAUUUUCCCCCUCGAUCGAUCAACCGUUGAGCUUCCUGGCGGAGAUCGACUCCACCUCGUCCUACCUUAUCCUGGCGGACAUGGCCACCCGAGAGCUGUACGUGCUUCAGAUUCGCAAGGAAGCGUUCCGAUCGGCAGGCAGCGAACCGUCCUCCAUUACCAACGGGAAGUCCUCGAAUGAUAAUAGCCUUAACGGUUCCAAGACCGGGGACGGUAAGGAACCGAACGCUACCAUGGCAUCUAUGGUGAGCUCGACGACCUCCAACACCAAUGCGGUCGCCAUUACCAAGGCAUUUGUGUCGUCGGUGGCGGAAUUCCCGCUUCCAUCGCCGAUCCUAAGCUUCGGUAUUCUGAACGUGGCCGUCCGGAAGUUCAAGACCAGCGAUGCCUACUUGAUCGAAGCGCUGGACGAUUACGACGAGGAGGAGAACAGCUCCUUGUACAGUGUAGUCAGCGUAGUAAUCCGGAUGUAUCUGGUUCAACCAAAAAGCGUCCAGGAAUGUAUGCUCUUCUAUCAGCCUAGUGUGGCUCUCGGAACCGAAGUUCUCAGUACUCUCUCCAGCAACAGCAGCGAGUACCGCAAUAUUUCCCAAUCUUCGUCCGGAUCCGUUAGUUCUUCCGCGAAAAAAGAUGACCAGUUGACCACGGCAGCGGAAAUCGCCAACCGAAGUCUCGGAAGUGGCGACGGAGAUACACUACUGGACAAGAGCGGUUCCAAGCUGGCAAGCGAAUCGUUACUGACGGAAGUAGGAGGAGGAGGAGGAGGAGAGCUCGGCCGAAUACGGUCAUCGCCAAAUGUCACGGUUUCGGCAGCAGUGGCUACGGUGCCCUCAUCCACUGGUUCGUCAGGUUCCAACGGUGCAACUGUUGCCAUUGCAGUAGCGGUGUCCGCCACCAACAGUUCCGGCAGUGUGGGCAGUAAUGCUGGCGUGCCCCAAAAGCCCACGAUCAAUCUAAUGACACCGGAUUCGUUUAGUUCGUCGGCAGAAAAAACGGAAAAACACAAAAACGACGAUGCCGUUAAUCCAAACGUUCUCAGUACUCUGUUCAUGCUGGCUAACGUGACCAAACAGCAACAACAACAGCAGCAGCAACAACGUCAAUCAACCGGCGAAUCUCCCAACGAUAGCUAUAAGGACAAGCCUUCACCGUUGAACAUGCUGAACAUAGUCAACAGCACCAUGAUCGAAGAACAGGAACAAGCCAAGGUUCGACAAUCGGUCGAACUGCAGCAGAAGGCCCUCUUGGAAACUCCACCCGUUCCACCGAUGCCAUCGGCCGAAAUGUUGGCCAGUGGCGGAUCCAGUCCCAGCAGGGAAGUACAGGAAAUACUGUCCCUCAAGGAUAACGAUUGUCUGAACGAGUACUACGAUUCGGAUAACAUUCUUUUGGACGAAACCGACGGAAUCGGAGCCGACGAUGACGAACUGAACGAUCUUGAAAACGAGAUUAACGAUGACGACGAUGAGGAUGAAGGUUAUAACUUUAAGAACAUUGAUGACGAUGACGACGACGAUGUGCUUCAGCAACGGAAGGUGCAAAGUGUUUCGGAAACAUCCAAAGCCGCGCAAAACCUAAAGGAAAUAAAACCGAUCAACAAAGAGCAGGGACCAUCUCAGGAAAAGUUGGUAAAAUCGGAACCGACCAAUAACAUUGACUGGCCUGCUGUCCCGGAAGUGCCACAUCCUCCGUCAGCCCAACCUCUUCCACCGCCGCCACAGCCUCCGAUGAUUGUCACUGUACCCCAGAAUUCCAAACAGUUGGAUGACCUCACGCAGAAAAUGGACCGACUGCUGGAUGUCGUCCAAGAGCAAUCUCACCAGAUCUCCGGCCUCCGCUCGCAGAUUCACGAACUGAACCGAGCCCGUCUGGAAGACGCCAAAGCCCAUCACAGCGAGAUCACAAAAAUUCAAGCGAUGAUUCCCGGCGCAAUAAGUAAGACCUAUAAGGAUGCUCAAGCAUCGACAUCGAUCCUCAUGCAAAGGCAGCCGCCACCACUACCGCCCCAGAUGCCCCAUCCGCAGAUCCUUGUGCAGCAAAUCGUUGAACACAUCCGGCCGAUGAUUGCCAUGGAACUGCCAAAGCAGGUGCAAAUGAUCGUGGGGGCCAAACUGGACGGUAUGGUGAAGAUGUUCCAGAAUGACCUUCUCAAAUGGAAGGUGCAGACCAACGACAACCUGGUCAAGAUGAACGUGGAGCGGAUGUGUCGUUCGCAGGCCCUAAUCGACGCGCUGAACCAUGCUGUUGAAGUUGGUGUGAAGACGGGACUUGAGAAGCUGUACGCGGAUUCCCUGCACAAGAUCAUUUUACCCGCAAACGAACGGGUUCUGAGGGAAAUAUUCAUUCAGCUAACAUAUACAUUUGCUGCCGGAACGAAGGAAUACCUCCAAAAGCUGGAUCAAUACAUCGGGCAGAAGAAACAGUUUACAGAUCGAACCGACGAUGUACUCGAGCUGGUGAAAAAGAUUCCCGAUCAGGUUAACACGAACACCGACCAGCAGUUUAAAGCCAACACAACGAUGUUGCGGGAAGACAUUACUAGGGACUUCAAGCUGCUUCAGACGAGUCUGCUGAAGGUGAUCCGCGACAACAUCCGACACGAAAUCGAAAAAGGUCUGGAAGCACAAGCAUCAUCCCUGGAAGAUUCCGUCCUGUCGGCGGUCAGGUCACAGGCACAAACUCCGGCUCCGUCGAGCGUGGACAUUCACGAGCAGAUCCGGUUACUCCUCGCCUCCGGGCAGAUCAAUCAAGCCUUCCACAAAGCUCUGCUAUCGAACGAUCUAAGCCUGGUGGAAUUCACCCUGGAGAAGGCCGAUUACAAGCAGGUGUUCAAUCCGUGCCCCUUGGAACAAACGGUGCUGCUGUCCCUCAUCCAGCAAAUCUCUGCCGAUAUGGCCAACUACAAUGAGUUGAAACACAGGUACCUCUCGGAUUCGAUCGUCAGUCUGAACUUUUCCGAUCCCAUCACGAAGGAGCACGCCCCGAAGGUGAUGCGCGAGCUGACGCAAAACUGCCAAACCUUUCUCAGUUCCAACCCGGGCCACCCGCUGGCCACCAGCAUCAAGAUGCUGAUGAUUGCCACCCAGGGGCUACAGGUGUACAAGCAGUUCUGAUACCGGUGGAAAUAGUCGGCGAUCGGGGGAUCGUUGGUUGGUAAGGAUCGAAGACGAUGACGCGGCAACAAGUCUGAUUUGCGUAAAUAUUUGUUUUCAUGUUCGGAUCUUUCUCUGGAAAACCUUUCUAUUUCAAUCAAUUUGACUCCAUUAUAUUUUUAUAUGGAAGCAGGAACUAUGCUUUCUACAAAAGCAUUCAACGUGGACGAUGCUUCCAUUUCAAAUCUGAUCUCUUUGGAUUUUUCUGAUUCCAGACGCAAAAACACUUGAUAACAAGCGGUGUUAUUUCUCAUAUGAACCUUUCCUAUCCUUUGAUUAAACUUCGACACAAGCUUUCCUAUCAAAAGCUUAAAAACGCAAUGAUGUUUCAAAAUGCUUCCAACUCUCUCGCUAAUGUUGUAGAUUAUAAUAAGCAAAUGCAUUUCGUUUGUUCCUGUAACAACGGUCGUCUUUUGUUAAGAACACGAUGAGUGGAAUAUAACGCGAAAAAAAAAACUAUUCAGUAAAUAUAUUUUGAAAUUUAUUCAUUAUUCAUUUUAUCCAAAUUAACCUCUCUAAAUCCAAGUUAAAUAACAAACAACAUUCUGAUGACCACC